GCCGAGCUACAUUACAUUCAAAGCGAUUCACAGAGUAGUGGAAUUUCCGGUAUUUUUUAUUUCCCUCUUUAGAAAAUUAAUUUAACUCGCAAUGAUUUUCCUCGCUUUGAUUUCCCUCGCAUGGGGGUAUAGAGCUACAACAACGCCCAGACUGGUCUAUGGUUAGAUGUGAUGGAGUGCAGAGAUCUUGAUGAUUUUUACAUUUUUACCUCCAAAUGAACAUAGCCGUGAGUGAGUAAUGGCUGAACUGGGCGACAAACCGCUGGAGAACUGGACGGAACUGGACGUGAGCUCCUGGUUAAGGUCAAUAGGAGUGAAGGAGCAGUAUGUUCAGAAGCUGCAAGAGGAGGAAGUGGAUGGCAAAAUCCUCAGGGAGGUGACAGAGGACUAUCUGAAAAGAGAGACUGGCAUGAAAUCUGGCCCCGCCCUCCUGAUAGUCAGAAAAAGAAAUGAGCUUGUUGAGACUUUCCAAGGACACAAGCUUCAAGAGACCAAGAAAACUCGAGAGAAUAUACCCAACAAAGGAGCUGGAAGUCAGAAUGAGCUGCGAAGCACAGGCGAUGUGACCACCGAUGCUGGCACUAAUCAGUCCCAUCCAGAGACAGAGACAGAGACACAGACACACAAGGACCAAACAGUAAUUGGGCUUUCCACUAAGAAAGACUGUAAACCAAGGCCCUUUGGCAAAGAAGGUAUUGACUUCACAUACGUCAAAAACAAUGUUUUACAGCCUGAAUCUGGCGUCAUCGAUCUUAUCACUCCUUGUCAUGAAUAUAAAUCACUUGCAAAUGCCGUUAAAUUGGACAGGACAAGGCUGCAAGCAAAAUUUGCCAAGGAGGUUCUCAAAUUUGGCGCUGGAUGCAUGAAUAUUAGAACAAAUGGUACAAUACACUUUGGUGUGAUGGACAGUAGGGAUGACACUCACUAUAUGCACGGUGAAAUAAUUGGCAUUCCUGUGGCAGAGAAAGACAUCCUUGUUGAUGCGUUAGACUAUAUAGAACGGUGUUUUACUUCAGACAGUGAAGACGUGCGACAGUGUAUAAGGCCACCACAAUUUAUCGAGGUCAUAGACAUAAAUGGCACGGAAAAACUUUACGUGGUGGAGGUUGACAUUGUUCCCACAGUGAACGUAGUGAGGAACAGAGUGUACUCUGUCCGUCUUCCAAACUUCAAAGAAAAGUCAAACAAGGUUGAACUUGAAAAGGAAGCAAUCUAUCGCAGAGUAGGAUCCAAAACAGAACCAGUUAUUGAUCAAAAUGUUUUUAACUUCUACCAACGUGUGAGAGACAGAGAUGAUCUGAGAGAAGAGACUGAGAAGUCACAAUUUCUCAACACACCAGAUUUCUGUGAAGACCUGGGAAGGAAACUGACAAUGCUUGUGACCAGCGGGAAAAAGUUCAUUGAACAGGAAAAGUGGUACAUUCUCAUCACAAACAAAUUUCAGCAGGACCAUUUGAGAAGCAUCGACUUUUUAUUGAACAUGAAGAUUUUCUGUGUUUUUGAUUUUGACCCAGAUUCAAAAGUAUCUGGAUUCUGUGGCAAAUACCUUCAGCACCAUGCUGCAAACCUGCAUUUCAUGCAGAACUACAAAAUUCCAAGUGACAUGAGCAUCAGGGAAUUUGAGAGACACCUACACUUGUUUGAACAGACAAGCUGGAUAUUUUGCAAUGGACGAAACGAUUACCGUGGAAACGAAAACCCCUGUGAUGAAAUGACCUGGAUCAAAACCAAAAUCACACUUCUGCGGGAAUCUGUAUCGCUGAUCUGCAAACAGAUCUUGCCGAAGGGCUCUUUCUUGGUGAUCUUUCUUCUCACUUCCCCUGUAGAGAAGCCUCAGUUGCACACUUUCUAUGAAUUUUUCACUGAUAUGGAAGGUCAUGAAGACAUCAUUUGCAUUUCAGAAAGUGAAGAAAACCAUCAGAAGUGGCAGAGCUUUGCGGAGGCGUACUGUAGUGCUGAUGCCGUUAAUCGUUCCAGCAUUGUCGGGAUGAAAAUGAGCCACGUGAACGCUACUCUGCAACGCAUUCAGCCAAUGACGACUCGAGCUACCAAACAUUUGUCAGUUUUCACAAAAGGAGAGUGUCUACUUGAAACUAAAGAAGAGGAAAGGAUGUACUCCUUAGAGAUCCUGAGUGUUGACCAGUGUGAUGAAACCAGCAAUGACUUCAUUGAGGCAGAAAAAGAAAACUUGGAAAGGCAGUUUUACCAUGGCGGUAAAGUGAAGUGGCUGAAUUUCUGGCUUGCAGAGAAGAAGUUUGUUGGGGAAAUCAUUCAGAGAGAUGCAUACAGGGAAAUAUCAAAACUUCUCAGUGACAUUCAGAAAAGAGGUGCAGACCAAGUACCUGUGAGCAGCAUCAAUAUAUACCACCAUCCAGGCAGUGGAGGGAGCACAGCUGCACGACAGGUCAUUUGGAACAACAGAAAAGACCUAAGAUGUGCAGUUGUGAAGCCAUCAUACUCACCAGCUACUGUAUCCGAGCAUGCGGUUCACCUACGUGAAUACGAAGAGAAAGACCCCCCACAAAAAUGCCUCCCAGUACUCUUGCUGGUGGAAGACUGUGAGAAUGACUACCUGGAUGAUCUACGGAAUGAAUUGGUGACUGCUGUCUACACCAAGAGAAUCGCACAGGGGAUGCCCUGUUUCAUUCUUCUCAGCUGCAGACGGUCACACAACCCAGAGAAAAAGUGCAAGGAGUCUCCUCUCCAGAAUGUUGCUGUGACCCACAAGUUGUCAGCAGAGGAGAAGAGGCAGUUUUCUGGGAAACGAGAGAAGCUCGAACAACAGUACCAGCCAGAGUUCAUCUUAACAUUUGUCUUGAUGAGUGAAGAAUUUGACCCACAGUACAUUGAAGAUUUUGUGAAACAUUUGCUGCAAGACAUUGAUCACACAGCUGUUGUCACAAGGCUCAUUCAGUAUGUAGCUUUGCUCAACACCUAUGUGCAGAACUCCUUCAUCUCCCAGUCUCAUUGUGAGGCCUUGAUGAGAAUGACCAUCCAAGUGGACAGAUUCCGCCAACACACCUUUGAGAGAUCCUUGAGUGAGCAAGCUAAACUUAUCUUCAUACACCUGAGAGAUGACAAGACGCACAUUCAUUCAAUCCGUAUCAUUCAUCCUUUGGUGGCAAAGGAGAUUCUCUGGCAGUUGUCAAGUAGCCAGCAGAAUCUAAGUAUAAUUGCACUGAAUUUUCUCCAUGAGGAUGUGCUUUAUGAGAACAGGUUUGGAAGAGAGGAGUAUGUGAAGUUUCUCAGAGACUUGUUCAUGAGGCGUUGCCGAAUCAUUAAAGGUGAUGAAUCUGACAGUUUUUUCUCUCCUCUAAUUGAACAUGUUGUGGAAGAGGAAAGCCCAGACAAGGCUAUCGAGCUUCUAAAAGAAGCGUACAUGCGAUUCAACAAAGAUGCUUUCUUUGCUCAGCAGCUUGCCCGACUCAACUACUCCCAUGAAAAAUUUGAAGAGGCAGAACAAUGGGCAGAAAUAGCUGCAAAAAAGAUGCCCCAAAACUCCUACAUCCUGGACACUAAAGGUCAGGUGUAUAGGAGAUGGUUCAAUGCCAAAUGUAAAGAGAUUGAAAAAAAGACUAAGACACCACAAAACACAGCAGAUGCAAUUGAAAAAGCACUUAAAGCCAUAGACUGCUUCAAAGACUGCCAGGCGGCAGCCAUCUCUGAUCCUGAAACCAUGAACAAUUCAGGCUUUUUUUCUGCAGUGGACAUUGGAUGCAACUUGGUAAAGCUCAUUUUUUCACUGCAAAUGUUUUCAAGAAAGGCUAGUGGCAGCUCUGAGUGCCUUAAGUAUCUAGUGACAGACUACAUCCCUGAAGAAGUAAAGAAGCCUUGGGAAAGGUUCCACAGCAAACUGAAAAGCAUUCAGAUGUCAGUGCAUAAUGCCCUGGAAUGGAUCUCUGAAGAUUUGAGUUACUUUCAGACAGAUUUAAAUGCAGAGGAGGACGAAACGGCUGCAACCUCCGAGAUCAAAAUAAACAAUCCAAAAAAUUGGUUGGUAAACAUGUCUACUGCAUAUGGAAAGCAUUUCAGCAGGGUUUCUCUCAGCACCUUUCAGCAGCAAGGCAAUUUAAAUCCAAUGAACUUGACUCCUUUCAUGAAACGCAUGCAGAUAUACUGUCUUGGCGGGGGGAAUAUAACAGCAAUCUUCUCCCUCCUGCAUGACCAGACAGACAGGGACCAAAUACACGUGCUGGAGGAAAUAAUAUCCUUGUAUCCCUCCAACCCACUGAAGGCAAAACUGGACCAAGUUGAUCUUGUGAACUACAUAGCAUCUCAGAUUGCUUUAGGUUGUCUUUCAACUCAGUCUCCUAAGCUUGCACCAAUUCAGUAUCUUCAGUUUCUCUGCCAGCAGUUCCCAAAUGAGAAGAGCAAAUGCUUAUCCAGUGCUCUUUUCUUGCUCACAUUGCUUUUCUGGCCAGACGACAAUGACGAUGAUAAAGAAAACAAAUACACAAUUGUCAUGUCAGCUGUUGAAUGCCUCAGUAGAAGUUACUGGACCAAAAUGAAAUCGAUGCCCCAAAGGAAGAGGAGAAUUUACACUCACUUUUUCCUGAGCAACGGAAAUGGACGGGACAAGAUUGUACACAAGAGCAAAGUGGAGAGUCUCACAAAGAAGCUCCCUGUGUCAGAAAAAAGGAUGAAGUGGCUACGCGGGGAGGUGUGGAAAAUGCCAGAGAUCAAAACACUUUUGAAGCCCGUUGAUGGCUGGACAGAGGAUGGUACUGUUUUUCUCCAAGGUCCUAAGAAGAAGUUCUUGAUUCCAGCUUUGAAUUCAACCUCAGUGCCCUACGGCAAUGAGAACGUCACUUUCUACUUGGGCUUCACCUUUAGAGGGCCUGUUGCCUACAACAUCACUGAAAUAACAUAAAAUGGGAAGAUAACAUUGUCCUGCAUAAUAAAUUCAUCAAGUACCUGUAAAUAUGUAAAUAAUUGUGACAAAAUGGAAUCAAAGACAGACUUCCAAAGUGGACUGAUUCCUGGAGACGGUGGAGCUGGAGCACUCUUUAAGACAAAGGCAGAGAACAAACUUGUUCUUAUACUCAAGCAUUAAUCCAUAGAAAGACAGGAAACCGACAUUUCAACGUCACCUGACAUCUUCCUCGAAAUGUCGGUUACCUGUCUUUCUAUGGAAAGUAGCGCCCAGGCACAUCUGUUAUGUAGAUAAUUGCCAUGGAGAUGAGAGACCAUGAAUUAUGUUUUUUUUUUUUUUUACAGUACAUGUGCCAUCUAGAAACAUCAAAUACAAAGUUAUUUUUAGAAAUUUUGAGCUAUGUACUACCAACGUAUAUCUGUAAUAUUAAUCUUUUAUUUUAACUUCUGCCAAGGUUAUGUAACGUCAUCCGUCUGUUUUUUGUCCGUGACAAGACAUAUCUGGAAAAGUAAUGACCGGAUUGCCAUGCAUUUUUCUGUGCGCAUUCAUGUUACCAAGAGGAAAAACCCUAUUGACUUUUGUGACUCCAUGGCCUUUCCUCUAGCGCCACCAUCUGGCCAAACAUAUCUUGAAAAGUCAUUACUGAAUUGUCAAGACUUUUACAGUGCACAGUGGUGAUUGUUGUGCCUUGGGUACAUUUUUUCUAGUUUUAUUCUUGUUUGCUUGUUAGUAGAAAUACCCUAGUGAUCAAUAAGUCUUACUGUGUAAACACUGUCUUGAAGACAUGUCAUUAAUAAGAAUUGAAUAUCAUGGAUUGCAUUAAUUCAACAUGGUGCAUUCUACUCUGUUUAAAUCAUUAAAAACAUACAGAAUGAUUGAAUACGAUGAUGAAUGAUUGAAUUCCUUAACCCAGUGCAUAAAGGUUAACAACCAAUGUGUGUGUCUCUGCCUUUUGUGUAAUUAUUUUUGACACCAUAUGAAGAUGGUGCUACACAAGAGAACUUACUGACCUGAUAAAACUGGCGAGUCCUGUGGUAAGAGUUCAAGGAUAUGUAACUGUACAAAAUGAGUAUUGUACCUUAUUGUACCUUGUAGUUGUUCCAAUAACCUUUGGUGUGCACCUCUUGUACAUCGCUUUGGAUAAAAGUGUCUGCCAAAUAAAUGUAAUAUCAUAUGUUGAAAGUGACCUCCCAAACAAAUGGUUCCAUAUUAAUGUAAUGUGCUAGAGCCAGAGACACCCCAAGACUUUUGGGUGCCCUAGGAAAAAAAAUAAUAAUUUGGGGGCCCCUCCAAAACAUUGGCACCUUCUGAUUCUUCUGCCUGGAAACCAAUGUCAAAGGAAGGCAAAAAGGCGGGGCCCUGGACAAGAAGGCAGGGCCCUAACUGCAGUGCCAGAUCUGCCUAGCGGGAGGGGCAAGCCAUUGUGUACUGACAUGAGAGACUGAUUGAGCAAAUAGCUUUGAAUAUGAUCUCUGCAAAUGAUGUGCUGAGGUAAGGAAACCAACUGUGAGAAAAGAGUAAUUUUGGCUAAAACUACGACUGAACAUUCAAGGGCCGAUUAUAAGGACAAUAACAUUUGGACAGCUCUAGCCUAGCCUUUUGACAUUGUAACACAAAGUUCAAGGGGAAGGUCAUAAUUCUGUAUUGACAUGAAAGUGGUGUAACUGGAUUAGCAACAAUGACAUUUUCAAAAUUCCCCUGAAGGGAGUUGUUCUAUCAACUUUGUUGGUAUAAAAGACUGUUCUGCUGUACAGUGUGACUGCACUAUAAGCCAUUAGUAUGGUGUCUUAUGACCACCAUGAUCUUGCACAGUUUUUCAUAUAGCAAUAACUUUUUUAAAAAGUUGAUUUUCCAAUUUGCAAUAAAAGACAUAAA